CGUCACCCCUCUUUGACAGCUCUUUAUUUUGUUUACCACGAAGACAAGUGCAAGAGUCCCGUUUUUCCGUGCAAAGUUUUCCCAUUUUCCAGCUGGUUUUCCUCGGCAGUUAUGCCGAAUCGGUGCUGAGCAGGUUCUCCGACAUCCAAACACUCCGCUCCACCGCGAAAAUGACCGAUUCCGGGGCGCCCCGUUUCAUGCCAGCUGGCUACGACAGCGACAACACCACCGAGGAUGAGCUGGUCAUGCCGGGUGGGUUGAACGAUUCCGGGUCCAGCGGAUUGGGUGGUGGAGGAGGUUGCCUGGAGGACGAACGGAUCAAGAUCGUGCCGCAUCUGGGGUGGAGGGCUGGUCUGCUCGAGCAGGACUUUGAGAUUGAGCUGGUUCCCGAGACGAUUGCGACCUGGUUCGAGGGGUUCAAGGACAGCUUCAAGACGUACAAAAAGGGGCCGAUCAUUUCUCAGCGGCUGCAAAUGUUCUACAUGAACACGCAGAACCCGUUCGAGUGGGCACUCAAGCUGUUUGCCAACUGUCCGGAUCACAGCUCGCCCAAGAGCAAUUCGCUGGCGUACACGGUGAUCGAAGAGCUCAACAGCUUCAAGAAGCGCUACACGCCGGCCACGGACCAGCUCGUGGACGGCAACCUGCGCAUGGUAGCGUUCAACUUCAUGACCAAGCAAACGCACUGUUUGCUGUUCCGGCUGGCGGUCGACACGUACGAGCUGCUGCGCUGCCGGGAAAUGUUCGUGCCCAAGGUGCGCGCGAUGUUAGCCCGCAAGCAGUACAAGGAGGCGGGCCAGAUCGCCGUCGACCUGGAGCUGUUUGACCACUUUGACGAGCAUGACUUUGUGAUGCCGCUGUUUCUGCAGGACAAGAUAUCGAUCGCCGAGGACUUCCUGAACAGGGCGGUUCGGCUGCAACGGCCGGUUGUCCAGCUGCUGGAUUCGUUCUUCUCGAAGAAGGAGUCGGUGGAGUCGCUGUGCUCCAGAUAUAUUACCGAGCACAACGUGACCGACGUUUACUACAGCAAACUGCACCAGAAGCCGCUGAGCAAGCUGGUGCAGCGACUGGCCAAAAGCUACAACAUCCCGAAGGAGUUCACACCCAACGUGAACAAAAUGAAGAACUUUGGCGCGCUGCAGUUCCUCUGCCACAAGCGCUACUACGAGAAGGGAUUGAACAAAGACUCGUGGGACGAAAUGGUGCGGGACACCGUUUCCGAGGCGGAUCGCGACCUCCAGCUCGAGCUGGUUUGCCUGUGCUCGGGCUUUGGCGAUCAGGCCGAGGCGGCCAAGUGGGCGGAACACUUCCGGCUCAAGCGGAAGGAGCUGCCGCUGCUAGUGCAGGACUAUUUCGUGGAAAAUGAAGGAACGGCUCCGCGGUCGCGCCCGUCCCAGCUGGACGAAAAGUGGGACGAUCCGGUGGCCACGGAAACGAAGCUGACGCUUCCGUUGGACGAAUCUCGUGUUCAUUUGGUCGACUCGCGCGAGAAAUUCUUCGCCAUGACGUCCGACCUGUCCCAGCAGUCGCUGGUGGCGUUCGAUUCCGAGUGGAAACCCACCUUCGGCGGGGCCAACGAAGUGGCCGUCAUUCAGUUGGCCAGCCGCGACGACGUCUACUUGGUUGACGUGCUGGUCAGUCAGCUGCAGGGCUCGGAUUGGAGCGAGCUGGCCAGUGUGUUCAAUCGGGAUGACGUGCUGAAGCUGGCCUUUGCUCCGUCGACCGAUUUCAACAUGUUCCAAAAGGCACUGCCCGCGUUCAACGUGUCGUACGGGCCGCAGUCGGGCAGUACGAUUCUGGACCUGCAGGUGCUGUGGCGCAAGGUCGACGCCAUCAAGAGCUUCCAGUUUCCGUUUCAAGAGGAAAUCACCAACCAAAACCUGUCGAACCUGGCCAAGCUGUGCAUGGGCAAAAAGUUGGACAAGUCCAACCAGUUUUCGAACUGGGCCCAGCGGCCACUUCGCCGGGAGCAGAUUCAGUACGCCGCACUGGAUGCGUACGUUUUGCUGCAAAUCUACGAUGUUAUCGCGAAACAGCUGAAAGCGGCCCGGAUCGACCUGAACGAAGUGCUCAACGGUCUGCUCUGCACGGAGGGAAAAUCCGGUGAAGGUGGCAGCAAGAAGCGCUCGUCCGGUGGAAGUGGAUCUUCCCGGCGAGGAAACCGUGGUGACAAGUACAACAAGCGGCCCGAAGGAGGAAGCUCCUCGAGGGAUUCCCAGCAACAAAAUCGGAACCGGAUGCGCAGCUCCUUCGAGCGGCCGCCGGGCCCCAACCUGAACUCUGUACUGGUGUCGGACGUUCGGUUUGUUUGCGACAAGAUGCUCGAAGGGCUGGCCAAAAUGCUGCGGCGCUUUGGCAUCGACGCGGUGACCAUUCCAGCGGGGGAGCAGGCGGAUCGGUGCGUUUUUAUCGCCCACAACGAGAAGCGAUACGUGCUGACGAGGGGGAAUAAUUAUCAGAAGUUUGCGGAUAACUUACCUUCCGGCCACUGCUACAAGGUCGGCAACGACCAAGUCGACGAUCAACUGCUGGAAGUCCUAGCAUACUUCAAGAUCGUGAUCCGCCAGGAAAACAUCUUCAGCCGGUGUCAGCUGUGCAAUUGUGGCCGGUUCCUGCAGGCUACCCCCGACCAAGUGUAUUACAUGAAGCAUCGGACGCAAAUGCCACCCGCGCUGCGUGAUGAACAGCGGAAGCCGGCGGAACGGAACGGCAGACUGCAGCUGGAUCGCAGCUGGGUGCUGGAACGGCUCGAAGAGCGUCAUCUGAGCGGGGGUAAGACGGAAUCGGGCGUUCGGAUUGACGUCGCGUACGUGAACGACUCCGUGCUGGCCAAUGUGGACGUGCUGUACGUUUGUAGCGGUUGUGGAAAGUGCUAUUGGGAUGGGUCACAUUUGGAUAAUAUUUUGGCUGGGAAGCUGGAAGAUUUGUUGACGUUGAAGUAUGAUUGAAUUUUGGCGGGAACUACGGAGACGCAUGUGAGGCAAGGGCAUUGAUCGAGCUAUUGUAGGCAAACGUGAGAGCUAUAUAGGUUAUGUU